UGGGGGAUACAGAGAAUACAAAAUGCAGAGAAUACUACGUAUGUGUAUACCAAGAAUAACAAAGAAGACAUUUACAUUGUUUUUUAUCUCAUUUCAGAUUGGGAGGCUACUCCAGAAACCGAGAAGUCACUUCUGAAGCUGGGCAUUUCAGUAAAAGAUUUAUUGCAGGAAAGAGGCACAAAAAAGAAUCACUGUUUUUCUAGAUUAAAAAAAUCCUGGGAUUGUGAUGCCACAUUAGAGAGGCAUCAGAGCAAUGAAGGAAAACUUUCUCAAAAAGAAAAAAUUACCAAAAAGAAACCUACAAAUAAAUCUAGAAGCCACAAAUAUAAUAAAUGUUAUAGAACCUUCACUCGAGGGCACAUUUUUUGGGCACAACAAAUACCUCUAAAAACAAAUCUUUGUAAACAUCAGGCCGAAAAAAAGGGCAUGAAACAAUCUAAAAAAUUAAGAAAAUGUAAGAAAACAUAUUCAGAGAAGGUAUUUUCCAAGUAUAAUGAAUUUGGGAGAUGCUUUAAUUUGUACUUUACUGAAAACCUCAGGCUACAAAAUGGAGAAAAAUGGUAUCAUUGUAAUGAAUGCAAUAAAGCCUUCAGCCAAAGGGUCAGUCUUAUUCAACAUCAUAGAAUACAUACUGGAGAGAAACCUUAUCAAUGUGAUGUAUGUGGGAAGACUUUCCGACAGAGCACUGGACUUACUCAACACCAGACAAUUCAUACAGGAGAGAAAUAUUAUGAAUGUAAUGAGUGUAAAAAAGCCUUUCGCCUGAGAUCACAACUUAUUCAGCAUUAUAGAAUUCACACUGGAGAAAAACCUUAUGAAUGCAAUGAAUGUGGGAAGACAUUCCGCCAGAACUCACAGCUUAUUCAACAUCGGACAAUUCAUACUGGAGAAAAACCUUAUGAAUGUGAUGAAUGUGGGAAGACCUUCCGCCUGAGAAUAGAACUUACUCAGCAUAAUAAAAUCCAUACUGGAAAGAAACCUUAUAAAUGUAAUGAAUGUGGAAAGGUCUUCCGACUCAGUUCACAACUUAUCCAGCAUCAGACAAUGCACAGUGGGGAGAAGCCUUAUGAAUGUAAUCAGUGUGGGAGAGCUUUCCGCCAGAGCACAGGACUUACUCAACACCAGACAAUCCAUACUGGAGAGAAAUGUUAUAAGUGUGAUGAGUGUGAGAAGGCCUUCCGCCUGAGAACACAACUUAUUCAACAUUAUAGAAUUCAUACUGGUGAGAAACCUUAUGAAUGCAAUGAGUGUGGGAAGGCCUUCCGCCAGAACUCACAGCUUAUUCAACAUCAGACAAUUCAUACUGGAGAGAAACCCUAUGAAUGUAAUGAAUGUGGGAAGACCUUCCGCCUGAGAAUAGAACUUACCCAGCAUCAUAAUAUUCAUACUGGAAAGAAACCUUAUAAAUGUAAUGAAUGUGGAAAGGUCUUCCGACUCAGUUCACAGCUUAUUCGCCAUCAGACAAUCCAUAGUGGGGAGAAGCCUUAUGAAUGUAAUCAGUGUGGGAGAGCUUUCCGCCAGAGCACAGGACUUACUCAACACCAGACAAUCCAUACUGGAGAGAAACAUUAUGAGUGUAAUGAGUGUAAAAAAGCCUUCCGCCUGAGAUCACAACUUAUUCAACAUUAUAGAAUUCAUUCUGGAGAAAAACCUUAUGAAUGCAAUGAAUGUGGGAAGGCUUUCCGUCAGAACUCACAGUUAACUCAGCAUCAGACUAUUCAUACUGGAGAGAAGCCUUAUGAAUGUAAUGAAUGUGGAAAGUCCUUCCGCCUGAGAAUAGAACUCACUCAACAUCAUAAAAUUCAUACUGGAAAAAAAUCCUAUGGGUGUAAUGAAUGUGGAAAGGCUUUCUGCCUGAAUUCACAGCUUAUUCAACAUCAGACAGUCCAUAGUGGAGAAAAGCCUUAUGAAUGUAAUGAAUGUGGGAAGACCUUCCGUAAGAAUGCAUACCUUACUCAACAUCAGAAAAUUCAUACUGGAGAAAAACGUUUCAAGUGUAAUGAAUGUGGAAAAACCUUUGUUCAAAGGGCAGUUCUUACUCAACAUUAUAGGAUUCAUACUGGUGAAAAACCUUAUGAGUGUAAUGAAUGUGGGAAGGCCUUUCGCCAGAGCACAGGACUUGCUCAACAUCAGGCAGUUCAUACUGGAAAAAAACAAUAUGAAUGUAAUGAAUGUGAGAGUGCCUUUAGUCAGAGAGCAGAUCUUAUUCGACAUCAUAGAAUUCAUACUGGUGAGAAACCUUAUGAAUGUAAUGAAUGUGGGAAAGCUUUCCGUCUGAGUACACAGCUUACUCGACAUCAUAGAAUUCAUACUGGAAAGAAACCUUAUGAAUGUAAUGAAUGUGGGAAAGCCUUUCGCUUAAAGACACGUCUUAAUGAACAUCAGACAGUUCAUACUGGUGAAAAACGCUUUGAAUGUAGUGAGUGUGGGAAGGCCUUCCGGCAGAAGACACAUCUUACUGAACAUCUGUCAAUUCACAGUGGUGAGAAACCCUUUGAGUGUAAUGAAUGUGGGAAGGCCUUCCGCUUGAGAACACAGCUUACUCAACAUCACAUAAUUCAUACUGGGGAGAAACCAUAUGAAUGUAAUGUAUGUGGGAAGGCGUUUAGUCAAAGGACAGAACGAAAUCGGCAUCACAGAAUUCACACUGGAGAGAAACGUUACGAAUGUAAUGAAUGUGGGAGGGCUUUCCGCUUGAGCACACACCUUACUCGGCAUAAGAGAAUUCAUACUGGUGAGAAACCCUAUGAGUGUAAUGAAUGUGAGAUGGCCUUCCGCCUGAGGGCCCAGCUUACUCAUCAUCAGAGAAUUCAUACUGGACAGAACAUUUAGGAGAGUAAUCAUUGAGGAAAGGGUGUUCUCCAGAACAAAUACAUAAUUUAAUACUAAAUAAAGAAAACUUGUCUAUGUAGUAAAUAUGAAAUGACUUUUAGCAACAGCACAGCACUUAGGAAAUGCCAAGUAAUAAAUAUUGAGAAGCCAUAAAUACACCCCUAGGAUUAUUGCCAGAUAUAUACUACUUUAUUUAAAAUUAAAGAACUGAAUUUAAAGGGAAACCCCACAUCUGAAGCAGACUCUUAUCCACUUUCCCAUAGCUAUUCCAAACCUUUUUCUUCCUCUUCAGAUUUCCAGCCUUCUUUCUCCCCAAACUCCAGUACUUGUUGGGAUUGGCACAGAUAAUUAGUUAUCUUAGAAAGUUUUUCCUUAAUCCAGUUUCAGCUUAAUGGACACAUCAGUAAGUGUGAGCUCUUCCCAAUUACUUUCUGUCUUAUUCCUCAAAGUGACUUUAGGCUAAAAGGAAUUUUUCCCAAAUAUAUUGUAAUCAUCUUCAGUCUGAAAACAGCUUUGUCGAUUGAGGUUUACCACCAAGUAAGGAGAUCCUACUUCUCUAGGUCUUUUAUUGAGAAUGCUGGCCCUAGAGCAGGCCUGCACAACAUAUGGCCUUGGGUCCCGCAUCCCUCAGGCCUGAAUGUAGGGCAGGCCUGUUUUAUAUUCUCUCUACAUUUUUUGAGGGCUACCCAAAAUCCUUUGGCUUGGCAGGCUGCAAGCACACUGGCGUCAGAAUUGGCCCUCGAGGUUGUGGAGGCCUGCCCUAGAGGGAUUUCUUCCCCAACCACUCUUAUGGGGCAGACUUAUGAGGCCUUUGCCCCCUUAGAUCUCACUUUGUCGGCAAUCCUUUUAUAGGCUCAGGGCACAGAUACUAAUUUCCUGGAAUGACUGUGGGACAGAAUAAAAGACAAGGUUGCCCAUCCCUAAUUAGGAACUAUUGGAAGCUGAGCUCUUGGGAAAAUCUUCCUGUAGCACAGACUUUCCUUAUGCUUUUUUUUUUUUACUGUGUACAGCAUAUAAAUUCUCAUAGCCACAAAGGAAAGGCCCUGUAGGAUUCACACUGUGUAUUUCUUUGUCUCCUUCUUAGGUGGGUUAAGGGUUGACAGGAUAUCUGGUCCCAUAAUUAACAUUUACUGGGUGUCUCCCACUUUGCAAAUACUUGGGCCUAAAUUGUGCUGAAUUAGAUGUCCCCAGUGUGGGUGCCUCUGAAGAAGUAGGUCAAAGUCUCACAUAGCACUACCAACUUUUUUAUCUCUCAGUUAACAAGCACUUAUUUUCUUUCCCCUCCCAAACCCUCAACUGUAAAAAGGGGGUGGGGGUGGGGGAAUGGGAAAAUAAAACCCUUGAAAUAAAUAUUUAGUAAGGCAAAGCAAAGCCACAUUGUGGCCACAUCCAUAAAUGUGUAUCUGUUCUGAAUCCUGAGUCCAUCACCCGUCUGUUAGGAGGUAGGUAGCAUGUUUCAUUGAUUUUCUGAAAUUGUGGUUGGUCAUUGCAUUGAUCAGAGUUCUUGAAUUACAAGGUUGUAAGCAUAUACAUUAUUAUGUUUCUCACUUCAAUCUGUUCAUGCAAGUCUUCCCAGGUUUCCCUGAAACCUUCCCUUUUGUCAUUUCCUAAAGCAUAACAGUA